UUGAUUGAAUCGAUUUGCAAUCCAAGCUAGUUAGAGGCAACAUCGUUCAAAGUAUUCAGUAGUUUUGUGUAAAAUAUUUUUAAAAUUAAAAGUUUGAUAAGUAACAUCUUACCAAUUUGAUACUUGAUAAAUAUGUUUGAGUCAUCUGGAACAGUAUCAUCGUCAUCAUCGCAAGACGAUUAUUUCGUUAACCUGGUCGCAUCGUUUUAUUUUUGGGUAGAUCAACCGAUUGAAUGCAAACACAAGGAAAGAAUUUGCAGAAGAGCUGCAAUAGCGGCGGCUUGUCACAUCGAGGCUAAAAAGGACAGCAAGUGGGAGGACUUCAGUGCGAAGUUAGCGUUUGAAAUUUACUCAGCGAUUAAAGAUGAAGAAAUCACAGCAAAUCAGCUCCGCAAUGUUCAGGUGGAUAAAUUCGCCUACAACGUGGUCUUCACGGAGCCGCCAAGAAGAUUUGAUGAGAGCGUGUUCGCAGAGUUCUACGUAGAAAUCGAAAGCAGAAGAUACCGAAUUUGCUACGAACUGUAUUUAAGUUUUCACUUCCAUCGAAGCGACAUCAUUGAUUUUGAUGUACCAGAGAAAAACCUGAUACUGACACCCCCUCCUAAUUUCUCUUCGAUAGUAAGGGAAAUGCGCACGACAGUUUUCAUCGCGACGCAAGUGAUGACUGACAUAAUGGAGAAAAGAUUUCAGUCAUUGAUAGCCGAUCGUGGAUAUAAAGUUAAAGUAGAGUUAUCUGUUUACAUAAAAUUGAAUCUCCCUUAUGAUUCCCCCAUUCACCUGGAUGAUAAAGACAUCGUAGCUCAAAGAUUUGCCUUAAUCGUUGGAAUGUUUUUAGAGUACACGAAUCCAAUUACUGAAACAUUGAAAGAUUUAAGCUUGCACAGCGCGUGGAAAUUUUUCUUGUUAUUAAGAUCCUUAAAUUAUUCAACAUGGGUGAAUGAGGGGAAACUUGUCGAUUUUCAUUACGAAUCAGACAUCACGAACGGAAGAUCAUUUUCUAGUACAGUCUUCUUGCCCCUGAUAAGGAGGGGUUUUUCAAUAACGACGAAUAACAAAAUUUAUCCGUUAACAUUACAAAUGAGCAGCAAGUUCACACCUCUUGCGAUCCCAAAAACAGAAGACGUCCUUUUGGCGGAGCAAGAAUUGGAUGCACCUCCGCAACAAUUCCGUGAUGUGGUCAACAGAAUAAAACAUCAAAGUUUCCGUUUUAACUCUCUACGGCCAAUAAAUGUUAACAAGUUAUCCACGGUGGUUCAUGGAAAAUGCCGUUAUGCUGUAACAAACUGAAGAGGUCUACAAAGUUUGGUGUACAUUUCAAUCUAGAAUCCGCUCCUUUUUAAACCAAAUACUUUUACAAAGGUCUAGACUUGAACUUGUUGAAAAUUAGACUUACAACUUCUUAUGUGGAAAAUGAAAGGUGACUUAAGAAUCAAUCUCUCCAAUAUUUGACACUUUUAUUACAAGGCAAAAAAAAACCGACCGAAGUAAUCUUUUAAUUUGUAACCAUACAUUUGAUUAAUGUAGUUUUAUGUAUCAAAAGAUAUCAAACUAUUUUCCAUUUUUACUAUUCAGACCAAUAAUCAAGGAUCUAGCAUUAUAAGGUUGAACAUGUUUCCUUUGAUAUUAAUGAAAUUCAUUAAAGCGAAUUAAAAAGUA